CUCUCUCUCUAAUUCAUUCAUUCAUGGCCCGAAAAGUCCGCACAACUUUCCUAUACGUCGUCGCUUCGGUCCUCAUCUGCGCCUCCCUCUACCACCACCACCUCCGCAACGCCAUCUCCACCUUCUCCUCCGACCACCUCCGCCCAUCUCCGGCCAUCAUUUCCGCCUCCUCCUCCGGCAAUUAUGCCAUCCACGAAAACCUCACAGACGCUACAGUUCCCCCACACGAUACUACCUCCGUCCUCCUCCUUUCUCUCUCCCCCUCUCCGCCGCCGCCGCCGCCGGCAAUAUCCACCACCGCGGUUCUCCUCCCCGAAUGGGAGGUACUUGUAAUCGUCUCGCCGGAAACCGCCCCUUCGAAUCUCGACGGCAAUUACUCCUGUUUGUACGACACGAACGAGGCUACGCCGGCGAAAUUCGCCGGCGUACUGCCAUUUCCCGAUCGAGCGACGUUCAGUUGCCUCCUUCCGCCGAGGUCUCGCCGGAAGCUCCCGUUCAAGCAGCCGGUGCUGUCGGAGUCGCCGCCGGAGAAUCACCACCCGGCGCGAGAUUCGCCGUCGCUGAUACGGUGGUCGCACAUGGUGUACGAUUCCCUAACGACGGAAGACGACGUCGUUCUGUUCGUCAAGGGCGUCAACGCGAGGCAAGGGAUCAACCGCGAGCCGCGGGAAUUCCGCUGCGUGUUCGGUGAGGACGCGAUUAACGGCGUCAAAACCGCCGUCACCUCCUCCAUGCAAGAGGUUUUCCGCUGCAAACGGCCCCCACUAACGCCGUCACCAUCCCGCCCAGCGAAAGUCUCGCUACAGAUCGUCGCGGAAAAUCAGGUGGUCCCCUCAGUGGCGUACUACACGCCCCCGCGCACGUUAGCCCCCUCCCCCCACAGCUCGCUACUGUGCGCCACCACCAUGGUGUACGAUAUCACCAAGUUCCUCAAGGAGUGGGUGGUGUACCACUCCCGGAUCGGCGUCGAAAAAUUCCUCCUCUACGACAACGGCAGCGAUGACAACCUCGAUUCCACCGUUGCUGACCUCAUCAAACUAGGGUAUGACGUCAGCACAUACUUCUGGCGGUGGCCGAAAACGCAAGAGGCCGGAUUCUCGCACAGCGCCCUCUACGCCAAACACUCGUGCAAGUGGAUGAUGUAUCUCGACGUCGACGAAUUCGUGUACUCACCGUCUUGGCAAAACCACUCGACCCCCUCGAAAACGCUGCUCCACCCGUUCAUCCACCUAACAAAUUCGUCGAGACUAGGUCAAAUCAGCAUCAAUUGUCACGAAUUCGGCCCCUCGGACCAAACCGUACAUCCGAAAAUGGGGGUACUCCAAGGGUACAAUUGUCGAAGAAGAUUCGAGAAUCGACACAAAUCGAUCGUCUUACUAGACGCAAUCGACCACUCGUUGCUCAACGUGAUCCACCAUUUUUACUUGAGGCAAGGCUACAAGGCUAGGAAAUUGGGCACGAACAACAUCGUCGUGAACCACUACAAGUACCAAGCUUGGCCCGAGUUCAAGGCUAAAUUUAGGAGGCGCGUCUCGGCUUACGUAUUGGAUUGGACCGAGAAAUUGAACCCUCGUUCGAACGACCGGACACCCGGAUUAGGGUUCGCUCCCGUGGAGCCCACCGGUUGGGCUCAGAAGUUUUGCGAGGUGCGCGAUAAUAAGUUGAGGGAUUUGACUUUGAGAUGGUUCGGUGUCGAAUCGGAUUCCGGAUUUAGAAUGGUGUGGCAAAGAUAAUUCUUAAUUAAUUUCGGUCGGAUUUUCGAUUAGGGUUUUUCGAGUAAAAAAUGGGGAUUCUUGGCUUGUGAAGAAGUUGUUCUUGUGUGGAUAUAGAGGAAAAGAAUAUGUGACAUUGCACGUGCGGCAUAUGAAGAUGGCUUGAUCAUGUCAACAAGGUACCUUUUUUGGAGAUAACAUACUUUCUCUUUCUAGGAUUUUUUGACUUUGUUCAUAGUUGUUAUAUUUAAAUUUUUAAUUUUUUUUAAAUUCAAAAGUUGAUUAGUAUAUGAGAAGUUAGAGAAAAUAUAAAGAGGAGGUGUAUUUAAUGUGUUUAGUUGUUCAUUGAACUUAAAAUGGGUUGGCUUAUGGCGUUUUGCUUUCUUCAACUUAAUUUGGUGGAACUGUAAUUAAACUGCUGCAAUUAGUGAUGACAACUUUACACACACA